AUGUAAGCUAAGAGUGACACUGCAAUUGAGAUGGAAAUGAUGGUAGAGAGCACAGAACAUUUAAAUAAUUUAAAGAAUGAUUCUCAUAAGGAUUAAAUAAUUGAUAAAUGUGGAGAGAACUAAGACCUCUAUCAAAAAGUCAUUUAGAUAGACUUAGAGUUCUAGAAACUUUUAUUUUAGUUGAUUGAGUCUAAAUUAUGUGAGAAUACAAUUUCAUAAGUACUUCAUUUUAUUUAUUUAAAGGUUCUUAACUUGUUAAAAAGAUUAUCUGGCUCACUAAUAGUAUAAAUUCCAAAAGGUCCUUAGAUUCUUUAUAGUCUUUACUAAAUCAUAUUAGUAAGAAAAUAAACAAUCAAAAGAAAUUUUCCAUUCAGCCCAUUAUCUAGUGUAUUAUAAAGGAUCAAAAAGUUAAUUAAAAGAGUGAAGAAGUUGUUACUAAAGAGAUUGAAUUUCUUUAUAAAAGGCUAAGAUAUCUAAAUAAACAUGGAAUCAUCAUUUCAUCUUUACAAAUCUGAAUCCAAAAAAACAGAUGAACAAACUGAGUCAUUGACUAGAUAGCUAUCAUUUGAAUUAUACAAGGAACCUAUCUAUAAAGAAAUCACAAUUAUAUAGGGAUAAGGGUUAAUCAAAAUAUGAUUAUAAAUAAA